GAGGAACUGAAUGCAGGAGGUGCCUUUCCUCCCUUCUGUCUCCCUGGAAAUGCUGACAGGUGUCCACUGCUCCAGAGGCAUCUCCGAGAGGCAGACCACGCCGAGAGGUCCCGAUUCAGCUUUGCACGAGAACAACAACUGCACAGAAGACGGCUCCCGACUAGCAACACCCACAAUCUUCUCCUUUGUUUCUACGGAUCGGAUCGAAGCAACGACAACCCCAACCGCCUUUCUUUUCCUUCUCUUUAAGCGUCCGCUCUCGUAUCUGGUGGCAGCAGUAGCCGAGCAUCUCUGGUCCUGGCUUUUUGUUUUCCUUUUUUCGUAGGAUGGAGGCACACCAUGCUAUUUGGAGACACGGCAGCCACAAAGGAACCUUGGUGACUCUUUUCUCUUUCGUCGUUUCUUGCCACCUUUCCCGGAGUGUUUGGCAAGGGGCUUAGGAAACUUGGGUGUGUUGCUUCGGAGCCUGUUGUCAAGGCUCUGGAACCACACCUUCUCUUUGCGUUUUGUGCGGGGAUACCCUUCUCGAAACACUGCUUUUGUUAUUGUUGUCAUUCUCAGCCUGCAAGAAUCCGGCGGUGUAUCUCUCUGGCAAGGACUGGCAUGUCUCUCGGAGAAGGCGGCAGUGUGUUUCAGCUCAUCCCGGCUCAUGCCGAAUCGAGGAAAAGAGCUUGGGAUUUGUCUCUCCCCGAAGGAAGGGGGUGAAAGGAGCUGAAGCGGGGAGGCACAGAGAAGCAGAGCUGCUGUCGAGGAAACCACCGCUGAGUCCUUGCUGGACUCACGAAAAAAGGCAGCUUGGGUUCCGAGAAGAGAGUUCAACCCUCUGGAUUAAGUUUUGGAUUUUGGGAUCUGUUUCUUGUCUUGCCUUUCGGACACACUCUCGCACUCAUGGGCUGAAUCAGGACGACAUUCCAGUUUGCACCGAGACCGUCCAGCGAUCAAAUUGGCCGUUCGAUAAAAAGACACAAUUAACCCUUGCUGGAUCUAGGAGGAUUUCUUUGCCCCACUUUUGUUUCCAAAUUUGAAAGGAAACCAGGAUUCACAUCUCUCUUCUCUCUUCUUUCUUCUUUCUUUUGGAUGGCAUUGAUCUGCACAGUUUCCUACUUUGGUUGGUUUUGAUGGUGGAUCUGGAAGGGCUCCCAAGCCUGGAGUUUCCUACUGAGUUUGGCUUGGUCCUUGCUAGAAAUGGCUUGUUGAUAUCUAGAACUGGUUUGGAAACAUUCUUUUGGAUUGGGUUUUCUUCUGCUCCAAGCUAUGGAUUACGUCUUCGAGAUGGCUUGCAGAACUUUAGCUCCGUCCUCUUGAGAAAUCCCUCAGAUGAUGGCGGUCCCGGAGAACACUUAGGAGAGGAGUGGGCCCAGUUUUUCUAGCGCCCAACAUUACCGCUGCCCUGGAUCUCCCAAUCGGGGCCUGGGCCCCGGUCAGCGGCAUGACCGCUUGCCAAUAUCCUAUGGGGCCGGGCUCCCUGGAGCGGGACCGGAUGUACCAGCACAAGGUUUCCUUGGUGGUCCGAUAUUUCAUGAUUCCUUGUAACAUCUGCCUGAUCCUCUUGGCCACUUCCACGCUGGGAUUUGCUGUCCUGCUUUUCCUCAACAACUACAAACCAGGGACCUACUUCCCGCAGCCGCUGCCAACCCCUCAGGAUGUGUGUCGCGGAGUGUUAUGUGGGUUUGGUGCCGUGUGUGAAAGGAGCCCCACAGACUCGUCCCAAGGCGUAUGUGUAUGCAAGAAGACCACCUGUCCUUCGGUGGUGGCUCCCGUCUGCGGCUCAGAUUAUUCCACCUACAGCAACGAAUGUGAGCUGGAGAAGGCUCAGUGCAACCAACAGCGCAGGAUCAAGGUCAUCAGUAAAGGAGCUUGUGGUUCAAAGGAUCCUUGUGCGGACGUGACGUGCAGCUUUGGCAGCACCUGUGCCCGCUCAAGUGACGGACAGUCGGCCAAAUGCAUCUGCCCAUCUUCCUGCAGCGGCGUUCCCGAGAACACGGUGUGUGGCAGCGACGGCAAGGAUUACCGCAGCGAGUGCCACCUCAACAGACACGCUUGCGACAAGCAGGAAAACAUCUUCAAGAAGUUCGAUGGCCCUUGCGACCCCUGCAAAAGCACCCACAAUGACAUGAAUCGCGUUUGCCGGGUCAACCCUCGCACCCGGCGCGCAGAGCUCCUCUCCCGACCCGAGAGCUGCCCCUUAAAGUGGGAUCCGGUGUGUGGCGACGAUGGGGUGACCUAUGACAACGACUGCGUCAUGGUGAGGUCCGGUGCCAUCCGGGGGAUCGAGAUCCAGAAGGUGCGCUCCGGACAGUGCCAGAUUCAAGACAAGUGCAAGGACGAGUGCCGCUUCAACGGGGUGUGUCUCAACCGUCGGGGGGCUCCCCGUUGUUCCUGUGAGCGCAUCGCCUGCGACGGCUCUUACCGGCCUCUCUGCGGCAGGGACAGCCGAACGUACACCAACGACUGCGAGCGCCAGAAGGCCGAGUGCCAACAGAGAGCUGCCAUCCCGAUCAAACACCAGGGUCCUUGUGAUCUUGGCACCCCGAGCCCCUGCCUGAGUGUCGAGUGCACAUUUGGGUCGACCUGCGUGGUGAAGAACCAGGAGGCGGUGUGCGAAUGCCAGCAGGUGUGCCAAAGUCUCUACGAUCCAGUUUGUGGCAGCAACAACCUCACGUACGGCAACCCCUGCGAGCUGGACGCCAUGGCCUGUGCCCUCAGGAAAGAGAUCCGGGUGAAACACAAAGGCCCCUGUGACCGUUGUGGGAAAUGUCAGUUCGGUGCCAUCUGCGAGGCAGAAACGGGAAGAUGUGUCUGCCCCACCGAAUGCAUCCCGUCCUCUCAGCCGGUCUGCGGCACGGAUGGGAUCACCUACCAGAACGAGUGCGAGCUCCAUGUGCGGGCCUGCACCCAGCAAACAAACAUCGAGGUGGCGGCCCAAGGCGACUGCAAAACCUGUGGGGGCGUGGUGUGCUCCUUCGGGGCCCAGUGUGUGGAUGGGCAGUGUGUCUGUCCACGUUGCGAGAAGCAGCCCCUGGGCCGAGUAUGUGGGAGCAACGACGUCACCUAUGAGAAUGCAUGCGAGCUGCGGGUGGCAGCCUGUCAACAGAAGAAGGACAUUGAGAUCACUCGGACGGGGCCUUGCGAGGAGGAAUGUGGAUCAGGAGGAGGAUCUGGCUCUGGGGACUUGAAUGAAUGCGACCGGGACAGCUGUCGGCAGUUUGGCGGUUCCUGGGAUGAGGAUGUGGAGGACGACCGCUGCGUGUGUGACUACACCUGUGGGUCCGUGCCAAGGAACCCGGUGUGUGGCUCCGAUGGUGUGACCUAUGCGAAUGAGUGUGAACUGAAGAAAACACGCUGCGAGAAACACCAAGAUAUCUACGUAAUGAGUCAAGGAGCCUGUCGAGGAGUCACCAGCCUUCCUCCUCCUCUUGAAGUCCUCCACUGCAGCCAGACCGUUUAUGGAUGCUGUCCGGACAACGUGACGUUGGCCCUUGGCGUCGGCUCCGCUGGAUGUCCCAGCACCUGCCACUGCAACCCCUAUGGCUCCUAUGGAGGAGGCUGCGACCCUGCGACGGGGCAGUGCUCCUGCAAGCCCGGCGUGGGGGGCCUGAAGUGCGACCGCUGCGAGCCUGGCUUCUGGAACUUCCGUGGCAUCGUCACCGAUGGCAAGAGCGGCUGCACCCCGUGUCACUGCGAUCCCGUCGGUUCCGUCCGUGAUGACUGUGAGCAGAUGACCGGCUUGUGUUCCUGUAAGACGGGCAUCACCGGCAUGAAAUGCAACCAGUGUCCCAAUGGAAGCAAACUGGGGAUGUCGGGCUGUGAGAAAGACCCGUCUGCGCCUUCAUCCUGUGCGGAAAUGGCGUGUGAGUUUGGAGCAUCAUGUGUGGAAAUCAACGGUUCUGCACAUUGCGAGUGUCCUAUUUGCACAGAGGAGAACAUGGGGAAGGUCUGUGGCUCCGAUGGAGUGACUUACGGUGACCAGUGCCAACUGAGGACCAUCGCUUGCCGGCAAGGGCAGGUCAUCGAGGUGAAGCAUUUCGGUCAAUGCCAAGAAUCUAUCACUCACGCCGGCCACACCACACUACCCACCACCAUAAGGCCUUUGGACUCCCUUAUUAUUCCUCCACCUCCUCAAACCACUCCCCAGGCACCCGAGCAACCCAAGACAGCCGCCGGCGCCAGGCAUUUUGAGGACAAAGCCUCCCGUCUGGGCCACCCUGUCACGAGGCGGACAACCACCACCCCUCACCCGGCCACAACCGCCUGGACGACACACAGCGUCCGCCAGACCACCAUCCGGCCCCUCUCCACGGCCCCUGUGGUCCCAGGUACCACGCAGCCAGCUUAUGUCGAAUCAGGCAGUGCAGAAGGCAGCGGGGAGCCAGAGAUGGGCACCAGUGGGGACCAAGAAAGCAGCGGCAUGGGCUCCGCAGGUGAUGAAGAGACAGAAGAAACCAGGGUCACGGGGACCCCAGUAAUAGAGCGAGCCACGUGUUACAACACCCCCUUGGGAUGCUGCUCUGACGGCAAGACGGCUGCUGUGGAUUCAGAAGGAAGCAAUUGCCCGGCGACCAAGGUGUUCCAAGGAGUCCUCAUCUUGGAAGAAGUUGAAGGCCAGGAGCUUUUUUACACGCCGGAGAUGGCCGAUCCCAAGUCGGAACUCUUUGGAGAAACCGCCAGGAGCAUUGAGAGCGCACUGGAUGAACUUUUCCGCAACUCGGACAUCAAGAAGGAUUUCAAGAGCAUCCGGGUGCGAGACCUGAGCCAAAGCAACCCCGUGCGCGUCAUCGUGGAGGCCCAUUUUGACCCAGCCACAACCUUCGCAGCCACCGACAUCCAAAGAGCUCUUCUGAAGCAGAUCAAAGCCUCGAAGAAAAGGACCAUCUUGGUGAAAAAACCUCAGCAGGAGAACAUCAGAUUCAUGGACUUUGAUUGGAUCCCCCAGCUCUUCACCACCACAACCACCACCACCACAGCCACCACCAUGGCACCAGCCGCCACCACCCGCCACUUCACUACCACGGCUGUGCCCCGGGCAUUGUAUCCGGGGAGACCCAAUGGUAAAACCUCCGGCCCAAUCACCACGAAGAGGCCCGUCACCACCGCGCCAGCCACCACAUCCCGUAAGAAGCCAUUCCGCCUGCCCCCCACGACCAAGAAACCAGCUCGGCCUUGCGAUUCCCACCCCUGUCUCCAUGGCGGCACCUGCGAAGAUGACGGCCGGGACUUCACCUGCAGUUGUCCAGCCGGGAAAGGAGGAGCAGUGUGUGAAAAAUCCAUUAGGUACUUUAUCCCAAGUUUUGGUGGAAAGUCCUACCUGGCGUUCAAAAUGAUGAAGGCCUACCACACUGUGCGCAUCGCCAUGGAGUUCCGGGCCUCGGAGCUGAGCGGGCUGCUCUUGUACAACGGGCAGAAUCGGGGCAAGGACUUCAUCUCCCUCGCUCUUGUGAAUGGCUUUGUGGAACUCAGAUUCAACACCGGCUCUGGGACAGGCAUCAUCACAAGCCGGGUGCCCAUUGAGCCCGGUAGGUGGCACCAAUUGGUGGUCAACCGGAACCGAAGGAGUGGCAUGCUUUCUGUGGACGGGGAACCUCAUGUCAAUGGCGAGAGCCCAAGUGGCACAGAUGGGCUGAAUCUGGACACUGAUCUCUUCAUUGGAGGGGCUCCGGAAGACCAAAUCGCUGCGGUGGCCGAGCGCACUUCCGUCCCGUCCGGCCUGAAGGGCUGCAUCCGCCUCCUGGACGUCAACAACCAGAUGUACGACCUGCGGGAGAAAGGCAGCGACGUGCUGUACGGCAGCGGGGUGGGCGAGUGCGGCAACAACCCCUGCCACCCCAACCCUUGCCACCACGGAGGCCUCUGCCACGUCAAAGAAGCAGAGAUGUUCCAUUGCGAAUGCCUCCACGGCUAUACGGGGCCGACCUGUGCCGACGAAAGGAAUCCCUGCGAUCCCAAUCCGUGCCACAUUUCUGCCACUUGCUUGGUGUUGCCCGAGGGAGGUGCCAAGUGCGAAUGCCCCAUGGGACGGGAAGGGGAGUUCUGCGAGUCAGUCACAGAACUGGAUCAGACAGUGCCCUUCCUGCCAGAAUUUAAUGGAUUCUCUUACCUGGAGUUGAAUGGACUCCAGACCUUUGUGACAGACCUGCAGGACAAGAUGUCCAUGGAAGUCGUGUUCCUGGCAAAGAACCCGAGCGGCAUGAUUUUCUACAACGGGCAGAAGACGGACGGCAAAGGCGAUUUCAUCUCCUUGUCGCUGCACGAUGGCUACUUGGAAUAUCGAUAUGACCUGGGAAAAGGAGCAGCCGUCAUCAAGAGUAAGGAGCCCAUUCCACUGAAUACCUGGACCAGUGUUUUGUUGGAGAGGAGCGCACGCAAAGGAGUGAUGAGGAUCAACAACGGCGAGCGGAUCAUGGGGGAGUCCCCGAAAUCCCGUAAGCUGCCUCACACCUCGCUCAACCUGAAGGAGCCUCUCUAUGUUGGAGGGGCGCCCGACUUCAGCAAACUGGCCCGUGCUGCAGCAAUGUCCACCAGCUUUGACGGAGCCAUCCAGAAGAUUUCCAUCAAAGGCAUCCCAGUUCUCAAGGAGGAGAACAUUCGCAGCGCCAUCGAGAUCUCCACUUUCCGCUCCCACCCAUGCACCCAGAAGCCCAGCCCUUGCCAGAACGGAGGGAUGUGCAAUCCUCGCUUGGAGAGCUACGAAUGCGCCUGUCAGAGGGGCUUCUUUGGGGCUCACUGUGAGAAAGUCAUCAUAGAGAAGGCAGCAGGAGACUCCGAGGCCAUUGCCUUUAAUGGCAGGACCUACAUAGAAUACCACAAUGCUGUGACCAAGAGCCAACUGACCAAUGAGAUUCCAGCUCCUGAUGCUCUGGAUUAUCCUCUGGAUAUCAGCGAGAAGGCCCUGCAGUCUAACCACUUUGAGCUGAGCAUCAAGACGGAAGCCACGCAAGGCCUCAUCCUUUGGAGCGGGAAGGCUCUGGACCGAUCCGACUACAUUGCCCUGGCCAUUGUGGACGGCCGUGUACAGAUGACCUACGACCUCGGCUCCAAGCCCGUCGUCCUGCACUCCACCGUCCUGGUCAACACAAACCAGUGGGUCCAGAUCAAAGCAUACAGGGUGCAUCGAGAGGGGUCCCUCCAAGUCGGCAACGAGGCCCCCAUCACGGGUUCCUCCCCUCUGGGGGCAACACAGCUGGACACAGACGGAGCCCUUUGGCUAGGAGGGCUGGAGAAGCUCAGCGUGGCUCACAAGCUGCCCAAGGCCUACAGCACCGGCUUCAUUGGCUGCAUCCGAGACGUCGUCGUCGACCGCCAAGAACUGCAUUUGGUGGAGGACGCGCUAAACAACCCCACCAUCUUACAGUGUUCGGCCAAAUAAAGACUCCCUGCCGCCCUUCCUCUCCCUCCUCUCCCUCCUCUCCCUCCUCUCCUUCCCUCUCUCUUCCCUCCUCCUCCCGGCUAUUGCUGUAAUUAUUUUCUAUUUUUGUAAACUUAUUGCUUUUUAUAUUUUUGUGGGGGGGGGAGGGAGGGAGACCAAGAGGAGGACAACAAAGAGAGGACCUCGCGGGAGACGGGACCGUUUAUUUUGGGUUGACUCGUUCGGUUAUCUCGUCCAAGCCAGAGUGGGAGCCGAAAGAACAAAAACUCCAAGGAACCAACGUGCUUCUUCCUGCUUGGCUGCCCACCCUGCUUUUGGACGUCAUGUUUUUAUUUCAUUCAUACUUGAAGAUACGGAUAAGGAGAAGAUGGGAUGUUGGUGUGCCGCAUCCUUGAACAAAGACUCGCCGUUGAGAGAGAAAGGGAAGAUCCAUGGCUAUGGGGACGUGGGUUGGGUUAUGUUGUGGGUGCCGCCGGACCAAAACCUUCCACGCCUGGCCUCGGACUCACCCUUUCGUCUUCUUUCCUAGGUUUGCUCUUAUCUUCUUGUACUCACCAUUAGGAUGAAAAACACGGAAUGCUGUAUGUUCUUUUCUCCCCCUUGUUUGACAUGCUUCCAAUGAUUCCGAAACAAACUGGGCAUUUUCCUUCAUUCUGAAGCUACAGGGCGCAAAAAUGUGUGGUUAGUUUUCCAGGCUGUCUGGCUAUGUUCCAGAAGCAUUCUCUCCUGACGUUUCGCCCACAUCUAUGGCCGGCAUCCUCAGAGGUUGUGAGGUCUGUGUCGGAAUGGCUGGGUUGCUGUGAGCUUUCCGGGCUGUAUGGCUAUGUUCCAGAAGCAUUCUCUCCUGACGUUUCGCCCACAUCUAUGGCAGGCAUCCUCAGAAGUUGUGAGGAAUAUAUGUCCAUGUUCCAGAAGCAUUCUCUCCUGACGUUUCGCCCACAUCUAUGGCAGGCAUUCUCAGAGGUUGUGAGGUCCGUGUUGUCGAAGGCUUUCAUGGCCUGAAUCACUGGGUUGCUGUCAGUUUUCCAGGCUGUCUGGCCAUGUUCCAGAAGCAUUCUCUCCUGACGUUUCGCCCACAUCUAUGGCUGGCAUCCUCAGAGGUUGUGAGGUCUGUGUUGUCGAAGGCUUUCAUAGCUGGAAUCGCUAGGUUGCUGUGAGUUGUCCGGGAUGUCUGGCCAUGUUCCAGAAGCAUUCUCUCCUGACAUUUCGCCCACACCUAUGGCAGGCAUCAUCAGAGGUUGUGACAUCUGUCGGAAACUAGGCAAGUGGGGUUGAUAUAGCUGUGAAAUCUCCACUCUUUUGCCUGGGGGAAUCUUUUGUUGGGAGGUGUCAGCUGGCCCUGAUUGUUUCCUAUCUGGAAAUCUCCUAUUUUGGGGUGUUGUUCUUUAUUUACUGUCCUGGAAGGAGGAAACCAUGAAAAUGAACAAAACUGGCUAUCAGUAUUAUUAAAAAAAAGUCUUAAAUCUGGAAAGUAAAUAAAGAGCAACACUCAGAGUAGUAGUAGUAAUAAUAAUAAUAAUAAUAAUAAUAAUAAUAAUAAUAAUAAUUAAAAGUAACAGCAAAAGUCCAGUCGUAUCCAACUCUGGGGGUUGGUGCUCAUCUCCAUUUCUAAGCAGAAGAGCCGGCGUUGUCCAUAGACACCUCCAAGGUCACGUGGCCACUGGCAUGACUGCAUGGAGCGCCAUUACCUUCCCGCUGGAGCGGUACCUAUUGAUCUACUCACAUUGGCAUGUUUUCGAACUGCUAGGUUGGUAGGAGCUAGGGCUUACAGCGGGCGCUCAUUCCGCUCCCGGGAUUUGAACCUGGGACCUUUCGGUCCGCAAGUUCAGCAGCGCAGCGCUUUAACAUACUUCGCCACCGGGGCAAAGUCUCAUUGAAGCAUGCUAAUCGAGGUGGCCGAUUGCAACAUUCACACUUGCGUCUAAUAGACAAAAGAGUUCUUUCUCUCACCCUGGACAUUAUUCCACAGAUCUAUAAACCCCACGUGUCUAGUUUCCAACACAUCGCAAGCUCAGAAUGCCUGCCACAGAUGUGGGCGAAAUGUCAGGAGAGAGUGCUUCUGGAACAUGGCCAUACAGCCCGGAAAACUCACAGGCAGUUGGAAGAUAAUGUUUUUGUCGCUCAAUGCCGACACUUGGCAAGACCCCAUUUUUGGUUUGUAUUGACUAUAAUAAGAUCGGUUCUGUUGAGAUUGGUUCUUCUCAUUUCCUUUUCCUUAGAGGAAGAUUCCGGAGGCAUUCCUCUGUGAGCAGAGCGAGUGCUUUCGCUGUAUUUGUUGCAAAGACCAAGGACGAUGGGCCAUGCGUUUCUCAGCUGCCAAUACCUGGAAGCCUCUCCAGGAAAGGUAGCAAAAUAGGAUGCCUUCCAAAAUCACUAGAUUUCCAUAUCAACUCUCUUAGAGCUUGAGAGUGGAAUAUUUGACGUAUCGGCCUCUCUCAAAUCUCUCUGGUGCUCUGCCUUACCCGGCUAAUGUCGGGUCCCUAUUCUCACACGCUCAACACACACAAAGUUGUGUGUCAUGGAUUGUGCCCAUUGAUCUCUGAUUCAUGUCGAACUUUCCAGAAGUUUGCAGAAAGUAGCAUCAGGGAUGAGGACCUUUUGGGGACCUAAGGAAGGGGGACAUGGCACUCUCCCUACUUGUUGGUAAACAAUGUAAUAAAAAACUAAACUGACA